AUGUCGUCGGCCCUCGUUGCAGAAUCAUGGACAUGGUACUCCCUAACCUGGACUGUGGUCCUCGCCCGGAUGACAUCGCGGCGAGCUCUGUUCGGCUCGUUCAAGAAGCUCCAGAUCGACGAUGCCCUCAUGUUUGGCGCGAUGGCGACUGACACGGUCCUGAUGGUCGCGAUCAAUAUUAUCUCCCACACCAGCAGCAAUCUGAUAGAUCCGAACGAUCAUGCAGCGCUCACAAAGGAGAACAUCGCUGAAAGGGCGUUUGGUUCGAAGAUGGUUGUGGUCGCUGAGCAGAUGCAAAUUCUGACAAUAUGGCUCGUCAAGGCGUGCCUGCUGCUCAUGUAUGCUCGCUUAACUAUGAGUUUGAAGCAGAAUAUAUCGGUGAAGAUCGUCGCCGUCUACGUCACCUUAGGCUUUGUUGUGAUGGAGAUCCUGUACCUCGGUGUAUGGUGCAGGCCAUUCAGCCAGUACUGGGCGGUUCCUCCAGAUAAUGUCCAAUGUUCGGCUGCGACGAACCACCUUAUCACCAACGCGGUGUUGAACAUCUCUUCGGAUUUCAUGAUUAUUCUCAUCCCGAUGCCGGUGUUUCUACAGUCGCAACUGCCCGGGAAACGAAAGGCGAUUCUGUGCUGUGUUUUCGCCCUAGGACUAUUUACGAUACUCUCUGCGAUCCUAAACAAGUUCUACAGUUUCCACGAGCCCUUCGGCACUGCCUGGACUUUCUGGUACAUCCGCGAAUCUUCAACUGCUCUUAUCACGGCGAACCUACCAUUUACGUGGACGCUGCUGCAACGGGUGUUCAACCUGAAGUCUUUCAACGGGAAGUCUUCGAACCAACGGACCGGCGACCCGCCCUCCGGCUUCAGAUCAGGCUACGGCAACCACAACACCACCGUUGGGAGAGGCGAAGAUAUGGAAUUCUCGAGGACAGAUAGCCAGGAGCAUAUCAACCGGACGUUUGAACGUGACGUGCCGCUGAAGAUAUAUAAGCAACAGGAGGUGCACGUCACAAGGACCGACGGAGAUCAGGAAUCGAGUCGCUCCAGUGCCACGAGUAUUGAAACCAAGCAAUAG